AACCUCAUCAGCUCAUAUAUUUCUUUCUAUAACUUUCUCAGCUCAUAAUAUAGCUACUAACUACUACUAGCUAGAGAAAUAAUCAUAUCAUCAGAAAGAAAAACAUAUAUGGAGACACAAAGCAAAGAUAUCGAGGUAAUAAACAGAAGAUCGAUGUUCAAUGGCAAGGACUUGGUGGUGAGGUUAUUAGCACUCACAUUCACUCUAGUUGCCGCAAUCGUUCUCGGUGUCAAUAAGGAAACCACAACCGUCAGUAUGACGCUUGUUCAGUCGCUACCACCAGUUGACCUCCCGGUCACUGCUAAAUGGACUCACUUGUCCGCAUUUGUGUACCUUGUGAUUGCGAAUUCAAUCGCAUGCUUGUAUGCAGCAACAUCAAUGAUGCUUAUAUUGGUAACCAGAGGCAAACAUAAGCUCGUGUCACUAGUCAUAAUUAUUUUGGACUUAGUGAUGGUGGCCUUGCUCUUCUCCGCGGUUGGUGCAACGGGCGCUGUUGGUCUCAUCGGCUACAAAGGCAACUCGCAUGUGCAGUGGGACAAAGUCUGUAACGUGUUCGGUAAAUUUUGUCACCAGGUUGCCACAGCUCUCUUUCUAUCGUUUGCCGGUAGCUUAAUGUAUCUUAUGCUUGUCGUCAUUGCUGCUUUAAAUCUUCAUAAAAAGUAUUGAUCGAUGAGAAGAGGUUAUUUGAUGUAUAAUUCGAUCAAUCGCUCUUCAUCCAUCAAUGUGAUCACUUAAUUACUUGUACUUUCUUUUGAUAUAUGUAGACAGAAUUAAUAUUAUUACUGUACGUUUCCAAUUGUUGCUA